AUGGAAAUGCAGGGGGAGGAAGACGGGGGGGGAGGCAAAAAAAUAUCUAUGAAGUCUAUUCAGUUCAUAUGGAAAAAGGCGCAGGAGUUGGAAAGAGACCAUUUGCUAGUUUCCUUUCUGUGCACCCUGUACAUCGUGGAGGAGCUCAACGACUACGUAAAGAGCAAUAGCACCGAUAUAGAGGCAAAAGAUGUCUUCCUGCAAUGUCUAGAAAAGGCUGAACAAAUGCGCUUAUCUUUAGGCGCAGUGGACUACACGAAGUUAGGCGAUUUUUGCAGAAAGCUAUUCCUAGCGGCUGAUCGGCACGACAGACAGGCAGAAAUAACAAAAAAAACGUUGCAGAUGUUUUUCACGUCUCAAAUAUUUUACGAAAUUUUAAAUCACUUCCAAAAAUUAGACGACGAUGAGAAGAAAAAAUAUUUGUAUGCCAAGUACAAAACGGUUUAUUUGAAGAAAUGCUUUGACAAUGGAAUAAAACCGGAGCCCGGUUCUCCGCGGAAUGAGGGGGGCGAGACACCUUCGCCAGAGGCAUCCGGUGAUGGAGGAGCCCCAAACAAGGAAACCACUCUAGAGGAUUACACGGAAAACUUGGACAGUUCAAGGGGCAUGCAGAAGUUUGAGUUGGAGGCCUACAAAGCACAACAGAACGGAGUUGAUUUUGCCGCGAGCUUGAAGCAUGCACAGUAUGCUGUUAAUGCCCUUCUGUUUGAAGACCUCGACACGGCCAAGAGGGAAUUGCGCCAAGCCCUUUCACACCUGGAACAGUGA